GUCAGAUUUGAUAUUUGACGUUUCCAAUUUUCUGGUCCAAGCAAAAAAAGCGAAAAGAUUCCCAAGUUCAGUCACAGCCGAUCGUUGCUCUUUUUUCUCCUCUUCCCGCUCUUCUUUUUUUUAGUUCUAUGCUAUAGCCAUGUCCAGUCCCAAAGUGAUGGCAACCACUCUGAAUUCAGAGCAUAAACGGUCGCAAUCCCUCUCUGGUCAAUUCGACGAAGAAUACGCAUUUCCAAAACAUCUCAUACCGGAAGUCUUGUCUGACGACUCCAAAAUCCCUCUUGUCAUUGUUGCAUGUGGCUCAUAUUCACCCAUCACCUAUCUGCACUUGCGAAUGUUUGAAAUGGCCAAGGACCACUUCAUGGAGAAGAACGAGUACGAACUGUUGGCGGGUUAUUAUUCACCUGUAUCGGAUGCCUAUAUGAAGGAAGGGUUGGCAAAAGCAAAGGAUCGAGUAAAAAUGUGCCAAUUGGCAGUGGAAAGCACGUCCGACUGGUUAAUGGUCGAUUCAUGGGAAUCACGGCAAUGCAGCUAUCAACGAACAGCCGUCGUAUUGGAUCAUUUUGACGAACAUUUGAAUCAAAUUAACGGCGGCAUUGCCACCAAAUCAGGUGAAAGGCGGAAAAUCAAAAUCAUGCUGUUGGCAGGUGGCGAUCUGAUAGCUUCGUUUGGUCAUCCUGGCGUUUGGACACCUAACGAUCUUCAUCACAUCGUGGGCCGUUACGGAUGUGUGAUUAUCGAACGCACAGGCACGGACGUGUACGGAUUUUUAUUAUCGCAUGAUAUCCUUUAUCAACAUCGAAUGAAUGUCAUUGUCAUCAAACAGCUGAUUCAUAAUGAUAUUAGCUCCACAAAAAUAAGACUUUUUGUCAAGCGCGGAAUGUCAAUCAAGUAUCUUCUUCCGAAUCCUGUCAUCGACUACAUUUAUGAACAUAGACUGUAUUUACCAUCCUAGGCACCCUUUUUUUUUUCAUGUAAUUCUUUUUGUUAUAUUUAUCCUGAUGAGUUAUCUCGUCCUUUUUUAUAUAAUGCUCGCUAUUAUCCUCUAUCGCUUUAGAUUGCCCUAGACUGCCAUCCUUAUUCAGUAGUGAAAGAAUCGCACACAUGGCAUUUUCUAUUCAGUUGCUGGCCUUGCUCACCACUUUUUCAAGCAACUAGAGAUAACUGCUGU